AUUUGCUGCAAAUUGACAACACCGACACGUCAGCCUUCUACCCGCGUCCUCAUCGCCAAGAAGUACGUCGUUAUGGCGCCUACGUGCGUCCGUCACAGGGCUGCACAGUCCCCCGUACUGCGCCCACAAAUCCUCCCGCAUCUUGUCCUUCUCCUCCAGGUUUUACAGCUCUGGACACUCAUCCCUUCGUCCUCGGCGAGCUCAGACUUCUUGCCCCCUCCUCCCCCUGUCACGAACCUCUCCAAGGCCGAUCUCUGCGCUCUAGACAUCGAUCGCUCUCGCUAUGCGUUGGACCUAAUCAAAGUCACACCGGAGCAUGCACCAGUGCAAAAGUCCCAGAAAAAUGCCGUUUAUCCCAAGAUUUUCUGCUUCGUGAACACGAUUUCAGUGCACCACAAGACCCGCGCGCAGUCCGUGGCCGAGACCUGGGGCCAGCGCUGCGAUAAACUCAUGUUCUUCAGCAAUACAACGGACACUAUUGUGGUGGCGGUAGGCACAGAUAAAGAGCAACGCUACGAAGUCAUCAAGAUGGACGUCAUAGCUGACCAUAACCAUCUGUGGCAGAAGCACAAGGCCACACUACGCUACGUACACGAGCACUUCCGACACGACUACGACUGGUUCUACAAAGCUGACGAUGACGCGUACGUUAUUAUGGAGAAUCUACGGCAUUAUCUUCGGAGACCGGAGAUCAUGCAGACGUGCAAGCGAGAGCCAAUGCAGAUGGGACACAGGUUUAAUCUGACGCAGGACUUGGUGAGUUAUUACAUCGUGGACGACUCGCUGGAGUCCAUUUGGAGGUCGAGAUGGGAGCGAUGGGUAUUUAAUUCUGGAGGUCCAGGGUACGUCAUGAAUCGACUGUAUAUGGACAAGAUCGUGAGUAUCUUGCCCGACUGGACGUGUCUGUCCGACAGACACAGUGAGAUGCUGCCGGAUGAUGCGUCCAUCUCGUUCUGUAUGAUGUGGCACGACGUGUUCCCGUGGGAUACACGAGACCAUCAAGGACGCGAGCGGUGGCAUGCGGAUAAAGCGAAAGGAGUGUACUUCACCAACCCGAAUCGAGUGAACUACUGGUAUGUGCAGUAUCAUCAGCAUAUUGGCGGCGUGCGGUGGAAAGAAGAAGGUGCUGCACCUGACAGUGUGGCGUUCCAUUACAUCAGUCCACCGCUCAUGUAUCAUUUAGAACGCACCUUUUACUUGUGUCGAGAAGGAGACGAUGUGCCUGAUGUCACUGCAUUUAACGAGAAGUACGGUCUCGCAAUUGGCGAUGAUGUCAUGGUGUACCAAGACGUGCCACAGAAGAAACCCGCCAACGCCCCACUAGCCACAGGAGUUCCAGGACAGACACAAGGAGCUUGAGUUCUCUUGAGUGAGUUGCUUUUUAUUUACUAGAAACCUGCUCGUAUACUGUGUGCUCUUCUAUCGUAACCUCUCGUCAUUAGGCACCGAAGAGAGUCUGCGUGUCUAGAUUCGGGUUCUGUGCUUGUUGCCACUUGAUCUGGUUCUCGAAUUCCCUACUGGGGAUCACCAGUUUCUCCGGAAUGUCGAGAACUUUCUUCACUGACGCGCUCGUGUUACCCAAAAUUCCUGCUAGUGGCGACGAAGAGCCAGCUUGUUCCCGUCGAAUUGCCAAGAUCGGCAUCUCCAGAAGCUCCUUGAACGCGUUCUUCUGUGUUUUCAUGCUGUGUUUCUCACGUAGCAGAGUGUCAAGUGCCUCCACCUGUCCAGGUGUCACGUCCGGGAGCGAUAAUAAAAUCUCACGAGGAGCGGAGCACAGUGACGACGCGGGACGAAGUGGCUGGUUGCACGGGUCGAUACCUUUGCACUCUUCCACUGGGAUCAAACCAAGUGUUAGUCUGCAGUAAAUGUUGCGUGCCAAGUUGAUAAUCUCCCACUUAAGUCCGUCUUCCUUGACGUGGCCGACAUGUUCGCGUAGAACUCCUUGAAGCGCAGCGGAGAAGAGGUCGCGACCGAGAAGACCAUGAUACUUGCUGUCGGCGUGCAGUACGUUAACCAGCUUGUCACCGAGAGCCACCGCCUUCCGACAGCUCAACGUAUCUUUCCAGCAAAUCACUUGGACUAACACUGCGCCGAUAGCAAACGGCAACGAAACAGACUGCGUCAAAAUAUAGUCCCGAAGCACGGCAUCUUCUGGACUUGUGACGUGUUUCGGGUUGUCUGUGUCGGUCCCCACGACGGUCUUUGGGUCGAUGGCGUACUCGAUAAAGUCAACAACUUGGCGCGUCAGCUCCAUGACCAUUUUCUCGCGCGCAAUCUCCUGCUUGGCGUCUUCAAUGCCAACAACCAGAGCGCUCCAAGGCGUUUGUACGGGUUUAUCUCCAUUUGUUGAGCGUUGAAAAAUUGCAGUCGCACGUUGAGCAAAGUGCCCGAUCAACGCCGAAAGUACGGGAUCAAGUAGCGAAGGGUAUAGCUCUCUAGGGCAAUUCUUCAGGAACGGCAAGUACACGUAAGCCAGCGCUCCUUUCAAGUGUCGAUGCUCCAUCACAUCCAAGUUGCUGAGCAUACUGUUCUGCAGUACGGAAGCCACCUGAGGGUUCUGAUAAAAGCUGGUUUGGCCCACUGCUACGCCCAUUAAAUGAUACGAGAUAUCCCGCACGUUCUUGUGCCACUUGGACCACUUGGAAGUGGCCGGUAACUUGGCCACCUCUUCUUCUUCCAGUUGGUUUUUGCCUCCUAGCAACUGAGCAACUUCAUCCACCGAGACGCUGAGCAACCAGCAGGCGUUGGAGGUUUUCAACACCACAUCUUUCACUGCUGGUUCCUGGAGGCCAUGAAGCGAGCGAAUAAGCGCCAACAAGUUCGGCAACAAGUGAGGCCACGCGCCUUCGAAUGCUCCCGAGUUUUCUGUGGGUUUUGGAGAAAAAGUCACUCCUGCGCGCUUGGCAAUGCCGUACAACGUCGUGAGUGUUUUGAUAAUCAUUCCAAGCAGUUUCUUCGACUUGUCGUCGGCAUUAGCAGCUUCGAUAGCGGUCACAAUGUUCUGCGGAGAGCUCACAAGCGCCGUCAUUUCGGGAGAAAUCCACUUCGACAAAGGGUCCUGAACAAUCUGCUGUACGAACUGCACACGCUCGUCUCUGUUCUCCAUCGAAUUCGACACCAACACGAGCAUUUCAUACAGCAUCACACCUUCCGUAUCAGUCACACGAUCGGCGGCAAACAACUCCUGAGCCUUCGUACACAGCACUGGGAGGACUGGCAAAAUAUGAGCAGGGAUCGCUUGACAGAUGGAAACUAGAGAUGCCAACGCUCGCCUUCGAACGUUGAUGGUGCCACUGCUCAUCUUCCCGUGCACGUCUUCGCCAGCCAUGACGAAGUUGAUGUUGGCGAAGAGCAUCUCGAAGACAGCUGUAAGUGUACUGCCAUCCAGUACAUAAUACUUGGCGAACGAUG